GGUACUUCCAGUUAAGCAAGUCAAAAUGGUAGGAAAAACAAGCUGUGCUUUUUCUAUGUAUGCAACUAAGACUGAAUAUGCACGUUUAUUUUGCUUGGGGAUAUAAAAGUACAGCAAGUCAUUUUCUGAAAGUACUACCUUUAUAUAAUGCUUGUAUUGUCAAGAUUCUUCUUCGGCUGUCUGUAUGUGAAGGUUUAGUCGCUGGAUUCUCUUUUGUCUGGCAUUUUGGAGCACCCUAACUCCACCGGUCAUAACGACAGCAAAAGCACAUGCCUUAAGAAAAUCUUGCUAAAAUACACUGGAGACGCGAUGAGAUUCCUUGUAAGUUUAGGAAUGAAUCCGGCUGCUGUAGCAUACAGUAUGACCACAGUAGGAGCUGGGAUGAUGAACAGCAUUUUCAGCUUCUAUUACGUUAAACUUUUCUUGAGCAAGUACAAGAUAUCCGAAGGAGAUUUCCAUCGGUCACAGGUGAUCUACAUGAUCUGGAACGCUAUAAAUGACCCACUCUUUGGAUACAUCCAGGACAAUUCCCGACUGCCCUGCUGCUCCCAGCGCAGACUGUCUAUCCUGUACGGCGCGCCUCUGUACUGCCUGGCCUUCCUGAUCGCUUGGUUCCCAUGGCGAACCUAUUCAGCGGGCGACUGGCUGAGCGGCCUGCACCUGUCGGUGGCUCUGUGCGCCUUCGACGGCCUGCUGACCUUCGUGCUGCUGGCGCAGUGCGCCCUCUUUGCUGAGAUUUCGGCCCGGCACCAGAGCCGCCUGCAGCUCGUGCAGUACAGCCAGGGGGCCUCCCUGCUGGGCUCCUCUAGCGUGCUCUUUUGCAGCCUGCUGUCUCAUAACAUGGAGGAUUUUGGGGCCUUUCAGGGUGUGACUGUUCUGGUGGCAGUCGUGGCCUGCUGCUGUAUGCUCUACACUGGUUUCCAUAGCGACAGUCGCUACGACACCCGGAAUGGUGCAGAUGAGGGCGGGGCUUCUUCACGACCUGGCCCCGCCCCUGCGCUCUCCCUCACCGCCAUUGGCUCCAUGACCUGGCAGAUCGUCUCCCAGAGGGACUUCCAGUUGUUUGUGAUCAUGAACUUUUUCCAGGUCUUCAUGGUGGCUUUCUGCAAUAACUUCACUCUGAUAUUUGCGGAACACCUCAUCCCUCAGGACGCCCUGUCCUCAACAGCUAAGAGCAUUUUGUACGGGGCUGGUUUCAUCUGCCCCCAGAUUCUGGUGCUGAGUUCCCAGAGGCUGCUGCAGAGCCUGGGGUAUUACAGGCUGAUCCUGCUAUCUUUUUACCUGGAAGCAGGGGCUGCCUUGGUCAUGCUCCUGCUCGGGCAGAGCCACUACUACAUCCUGGCCGUCUUCAUCAUCUGCAACAUGGUCCUGGUUCAGGCCACUUUCAAUCUGUUUAACUUGCCCCUGGCAGACAUCAUAGACUUGGAUCUUCACACUUACAAACGCAGCUCGCCUCUGUCCUCCAUGGUGUUUGGCACCAACGCCCUCUUCACGAAGCCCGCCCAGUCCCUGGCACCCAUGCUGGUGGUGACUCUGCUCAACAAGUUCGGUUACGAGGACCUGAAGGACGUAAGCGCCGUGGCGGACCCCAGCUCCCUGCAGAUGCUCCACGGUGCCAUGUUCCGCUUGGUCUGCCUGCUGCCCCUGGGUGUCGCCCUCUUGCAGUCUUUUGUGUGGAGACCUUUCUCCAUCAGAGACAGCCACACAGUAGAUGCCAAGUACGCCGAAACCUGAGCCGCUCAACACCGUAGGGAUGUCAACUUUGGGAAAAUGUGGGACGUAUAUGAAUCACGAUAAACUAUUAGUGAAGGCAUCUCAUGUAGUGCCAAGCGAGCUUUAGCCAUGUGCUUCUGGAAUUCCCUAAACUAACCAAUCACAGUGGACCUAACCAUGAGAUUUAUUCUUAACUUUUGUUACUCAUAGAUCUUUUUCAAACUGAAAUCUUUGAUUUAUGUGCCUCUGACUAAGCACUGAGUAAAACCACAUUGCUAUUUGAAUAGAAUUUAUUAUAGAAAAAAUAAACAUUUAAUUGUUUUACUA